GCAAAAAUUAAAUUGCUAGUAGUAUCGGUGUCGCUCGCAUCCUCUUUGACCACCGUCUCCCUGAGACUGCAAACAUUAGUCCACCCAAGAUACGAUGUCGCUUCCGUACAAAAGAAGAAAUUCUUGAACUAUUUUAUUAUUUAAUUUACAGUUCUGUCCUUCUCUGCUGUUCUUCCAGAAAUUCCAUUAUUGUAUGAAUAGAACUCUAAAGACCAUCUCUUAAAAUCGUCCCCCUAUUUAAUUUUUUUGGGAAAUUCGUAUAGUUUCAUUCACAGAUUCGCGCCUAAUCAGUACUAAUUUAAUGAAACAAAACCCAGUUAGUUUCUUUGGCAGCAUACUCUUUGACUAUGAAUGUGGAAUUCAGGUGGAACUAAAUGAAAGGAGGUUUUUCAAGAUUCAGGGGUAAAGAAUUGCCUCUUCUACUUAUUGUUAUUAUUGGGACAAUAAUCCUAAUAUGGGCAUGGGAUAGGACCCCUUUUCUUACUACUUUGCUUCCGCCUAAAGAACAGUUGCACCUGUCUCAAGUAUCUUCAGGACCAAAUUUACAUACAAGCAAAGAUGUAAAUGCCACUGAUCAGAAUUCUGGAAGCAGCAAUUCACCAAUGACUCCUGCACAAGAAGAAGAUACUUCCCCAGCUGCAGAGGAUACAGAAGCAAAUGAUAAACAGCUUGUUGAAGUUGGAAAAAAUGGCAGUGGAGACAGUUCUACUGCAACUGAAACAAAAGGAAAGCAGAACCAGACUGUGGGAGAAAGUAUUCUCAAUGGAAAUGAACAGACUCUAGAUUCAACAGCAAUAGAGGAUUCUGCAAAUACAAGCUCUUCUAUAACUAGUACAGAAACUAAAGAAAAUGGGGAUGCUGAGAGUUCUACCUUGACAGAAGAAAUGAAUAACCAGAACAUAGGAGAAAAAGAUCUGAAACUAAAAGAUCAACUCCUGGAUUUAGCAGCACCAAUAGGUUCAGCAAAUUCAAGCUCUUUACUGGGGGAACAAGAUGAGAAGAACUUUACAAUGUUUAUGAAUAAUCAAGCCUGUAAUUACACCAAAGGAAAAUGGGUCGUAGAUGAUAAUCAGCCUUUAUAUUCUGGGUUUGGUUGUAAACAAUGGCUUGCACAAAUGUGGGCUUGUCGGUUGAUGCAACGCACAGAUUUUUCCUAUGAAAUGCUACGGUGGCAACCAAACAAUUGUCAAAUGGAAGCAUUUAAAGGGUCUGAGUUCUUAAAAAGGAUGGAAGGGAAGACACUAGCUUUUGUUGGAGAUUCACUAGGCAGACAGCAAUUCCAGUCUCUAAUGUGCAUGAUCACAGGUGGAAAGGAGACUCCUGAUGUACUUGAUGUGGGCAGGGAGUAUGGGCUUGUCCAACCUCGGGGUAGCGUCCGCCCUAAUGGCUGGGCCUAUCGGUUUCCAAGUACCAACACUAGUGUCCUUUAUUACUGGUCAGCUUGCCUCUGUGACUUAGAACCCAUUGAUAUAAAAAACCCAGCCACUGAUUAUGCCAUGCAUCUUGAUCGGCCACCUUCCUUUUUGCGUCAUUUUCUUCACAAAAUAGACGUCCUUGUUCUGAAUACAGGGCAUCAUUGGAACCGAGGGAAGCUUAAGGCAAACCGCUGGGUCAUGCAUGUUGGUGGAAUGCCUAACACCAACAAGAAGCUGGCAAUGAUUGGAGAUGCGAAAAAUUUUACCAUUCACAGCAUUGUUGAUUGGGUGAAUAAGCAGCUCCCUAAGUAUCCACAUUUAAAGGCCUUCUACCGGAGCAUCUCACCAAGACAUUUUGUUAAUGGUGAUUGGAACACCGGGGGAAGCUGCGACAAUACAACCCCUAUGUCUGUUGGAAAGGAAGUACUGCAAGAUGAAUCUAGUGAUUAUAGUGCUGGGCGUGCUGUUAAGGGGACGGGGGUAAAGCUCUUGGACAUUACAGCAUUGUCGCAGCUGAGGGAUGAAGGUCACAUAUCACGAUUUAGCAUUACUGCCUCAUCAGGAGUGCAGGAUUGCUUACAUUGGUGUCUACCUGGUGUUCCUGAUACAUGGAAUGAAAUCCUUUUUGCACUAAUUAGUGAUAUGUCAAAGGUGCAGAAUGAAUAAUUACUGACAGAUAUAACAUUGAAGAUGAUCAUAUUCUUUUGUGGCUUCAGUCGUGCACCAUCACGGUGAUGCCGCCGAACAAGUUUGACACUGGAACUUAUGAUUCUAAACUUUCGAUCCUUGGCAAAGGGAUUCCAUUUGUUCAUUCAAGCGGCAGGUCUUUCUUGUUGCAUAGUUGAAGAUUUAGCCUUGGGUUUAUAAUUCAUCUGACAGGAAUUUCUUUAUAUUUUAUUACGUUGAAUGUUCUUUGAGACACAAAGCGUACUGGAGCUCCCAAACUUGUUAACGAAUUUUGGCAUUUUUAUAAAAGUAGGGAAGAAAAUGUAGGAGGAAGAGUAGAAGAAUAUUGGGAAUUCCUUUUCAACAGCGGAUAAUUGUAGAAAUACAAGCAAUUUCCCAUAUAA